CGCUUUUGUGGCUCAAAAGCGUACAUUCCCAAAUCUGAAGAAUGCUGUAAGCCCAUUAGGCGUCGUUCCUGCUGGUGUUCUUGCUUAAGUACGGACCUGUUUCCAGUAGUCCUAACAUGGAGGUGGAAACCGCAGAGGAGGAAGACGUGAACAUCGGAGCGACGGGGGAGGACGACUGUCAUUGGGGUACCCGCAGUGCUGUCAUCACCGAGCCCCAGCUGCGCGAGCUAGCCGAGGCCGCCGCGGUGCUCUGCACCCGUUGCGGUGCUAGGUGCGGCGUGAACAUCACUCGCAUCACUGUAUCGUUCACGGUCACAUGGGAAUGCAAAACAUGUGCCACUGUCGCCAAUAAGUGGGUGUCAACGCCGAAGGAGGGCCAUACAAUGGUCAUAGACACCCUACUUGUUGCGGCCGUCGUGCUCAGUGGCAGUCAUCUGGAAAAGCUGAACAAGUUGUUGGCCUUCGCAAACAUAGGGCAGCUCAGUCGGACGGCGUACAGCCGUAUCACACAAAUCGUUGUAGCACCAGUGAUUGAGGAGACGUUCAACAGGACUCUGACUGAAAACCGAGAGGCGGCUCUCGUGGCAUCACCUGAUGGUCUUGUGGUUGCUGGUAACCGCCAAAAUGACAGCCCUGGCUUCUCGGCGUCAUAUGGCUGCUACGCCAUAAUGGACCACACAACCGGCCACAUCAUAGCGCAGGUAUGGCAGUCAGCGUUGGCGUGAGGAUUUCUCGGGGAAUGUUU